AUGGCCCACUGUGUUCAAGAUUCCAGUCCAGAGAUUUCAGCCUACGCUACGCCAGGCUUUAGCAAGUAAACAAAUUCUUCUGCCUGGACAUCAAAGGAUGCUUAUCCAGCAUUUGUACGAGGCAGUGAUUUAUUUUACAACGUAUCCCACACCGUGGCAGUACAAGUCUGUCAUUGUGGCUCUGCUGUCAAUGUAUCCUCACCUUGGCAACGGACUAUCUCACGGUGAUGCUGAAACUUACUGGAGGCAUAAACUUUCGCACAAGUUCAGAAACAUGAGAAGAACAGUGGAUAGUAAACUCCCUGAAGUUGAGUGCAUGAGGGAGAAAAUUAAAAUUUGGAAAACUAAUAAGAAUGCAUUGAAAGAGAAAAUGGGGCAUCCCCUGGCUUUUGGAUGUGCCAACUUUCUCCCUGCUCGUGAAGAGACUGAAGAUGACGCCAGCAUCGCAGCGCACAUUGAAUAUAUGAAGAUGGAGAUAAAAAAUAAGAUUCCCGACCACCUUGCUAUCAACACAUCGCUUCAGUGCACGUUCCCCGACAGGCGGCGAUACAUCAUCAGCAAUCCCACUUUUCAUGACAUGAAGGAGCAGUACCCGUGCUUGUUCGACCCUCAUCAGUUAAUUCAAGAAUUCAACAGAAUCAGCGAAGUUGAUUUGGCGGGCGUGAUGACCGUGUCCUUGAAGAAGUACGCUAGCUCCAUCAUACAGUUAGCUCACAAUGAUGGGACGCAAAUGGAAGGAGAUGAAUAUGACUCGAACGAGGUGGCUAUGUCCUUGCUCCCUAAACUGAUGAGGGAGCCACUUCAAUCAUCUACCUCACUUGCCCUGCAGGAAUGUGGGAAGGAGCCAAUGCUGAUUCUUAAUGAAGCUGAUGGAGUGGUUACGGGGCAAGUCAUAGCAGAAGACGUGGUUCUGUGCGAGAUAUGUAGCUACUUUCAGGGGUUAUGUGUUCUCUUUGCUUCCUGCUAUGCCUUCAAUACACAUUACAAUAAAAAACAUAGAAACACUCUGUGUUUCAUUGAAAGAGUGUUAAUUGGGAUGGAUGGAAAAAAGCUAUCUCCUUUUAUCAUGUCAAUUGUAAAGAAAUUGAAUGAAAAGUGCAACUAAUUCAAGUGAUCCGAGUCUAAUGUCAAACACAUCGUCUCUAUUUUUAGUGACGAUAGUUCAAUUUGCUGACAUUGUUGCUUUUUUGCGGCCUAAUAUUGCUACAAGGUUUCUUUGUCUUAUUUCUUGUUUGUUAUAUUUUAGGUUUAUC